GCCAGCCUCCGCGGCCACAUGACCGGCCGGGCCGGGAGCCAGGCGCACGGCUCGGCUACAAAUGCAGCCCCCGGCGCGAGCGGCUGCAGUCGCCGCCGCCGCCGCCGCCAGGCAGAGCCCGGCCCCUCCCCGCCGAGCAACGCGCCCGGCUGCAGCCCGGCCCCACCAUGAGCGUGCGGCGCUGGCUGCUGGCGCUGCUGCUGCUCUGGCUCGCCCUGAGCGCGGGCUCCGGAGCACCAUUGGCUGAGGUGCCGGAUGGCAGAGACCUAGAGAAAGGGAAUAUCCGGAACCUGGUGCACCCCAAGUGGGUGCGGAAUGGAGCAGGACACCGGCAGAAUGGCUGGCGAAAGUCCCGACGUCCAAGACCCCGUCUCUCCCACAAGGGCCCCAUGCCUUUCUAGUGCAGGGUUGCUGUUGGCCCCCUGAAGGCCCAUCCCCUUCGUCCUCUUUGCUUUAUAGACUGGUUUGCUUGUCAUGGAGCCCUGAGUGCAGGGCUCCCACCUGCCGGGUUGGGCAGGCUCCUCCCAUCCACCAGCCUGUCAUGCAGUCGCCCCAAAUGAAGCUGUCAGCACCUCACCCCCAUCACAUACGGAGACACAGACCCGCACGCUCCCGGCAGGCAUCUCCGCGCCUUGUCUCUGCAGAUCCAGCACCCAGGCUGGGUGCAACCGCUGGCAUCUUUCCCCUUUCCCUGCUGAUGGCUGGGGUAGAUCCCUGCCUCUUCCCAGCCCUUGGCAGGGGGCUCACCUUGACCUAGCCAGCCCCAUAGCCCUGAGUGGGCCCCUAACACAGCUCAGGACUGGAAGAGUGCCUGACUGCCAGCUCCCUCUGUCCCCUUGGCUGUGUCUCUCACAGAAGCAGCAGGACCGCAGACUCCUGUGCUUGGGGAUCUCUGGGCUGAGGGGAUUGGGCUGGGUUGCACGUGCUCCCUUGGUGUUUCCAGGGGGUGGGGAGAAAGAGCACUGCUGUAAUGAGCCUGCCUGGUCUCAUUGCUGCCCUGGCUCAUUGUUAGCCUGCCAAGAGGCUGGGCAAGGAGCGUGUAGCUCCAGUGCAGCUGUGAGGGGGGUCAUGCUAGGGAUGGGGAGCUGUGGCUGGCAUGAGAAGGCCACUGGGGCUGAGAAGCACAGAGGGAGAAACUAUCCUUCUGGGCUUCCUAGGCAAUUCCCCAUUAGUCCUGUCCCAUCCCCUCCACUACCUAGAGAGCUGAGCACCUCAUCUGCAUGUGUACAAGGUGGUGGUCAGCUCAGUGGGUCUAUUUAUUCUUGUGGUGCUAAAUCUGCACAGGGCCCCUUCAGUGUCUUUGAACACUCCCCACCUUCCCCCCCCCCAUGGGAGAUGAACCGGUCCGGUGCAUGGUGCUGCAGAGAUGGCCUGGCACCCUGGCCAUUGCUCUGCAAUGACUCUCCCAGCUGCCUCUGGGGGAGCUGCUGGGCUUUGCGUGGGGGCUUGCAGGGCCCAGAGGAUCCUGUGGGGAGGGAUUGGGCAUGGCCAUGCUGUAUGUGACUGUCUCUCCAUGCCCAUCCUGGAGUCUGUUUUGCUGUGUGUGUGGUAAGACAGUGCCUGCCCAGCGAGAGCUGGAGGAGGGAGUGAAGGAGCAGCCCUUAGAAGAGAGGCUUUCCCAGGCAUGGGGGCUAGGAUCUGAGCCUGGGAGGCUUGCCGCUUUGGAGUACCCUGGGUACUGCAGUGGCGCUAUGACAUGGGCCCUGGGAGCACCCUCUCCUGGCAGGGUGCAGGGGGGGGAUCUGGUGUCUGCUCUAGUCUGGCAUGGACCUCCCUUCCCCCAUACUUCUGCACCAGGGGUCUCCCCUUGUGGAUCUCUGCUCCAAUCACACUGAAGUCACUUGAGGGCCAGCAGCCUGAGCCAUGGUGCCAGCAUGGCUCCAUGGGGUGAGGGGCACCAAGUAGGCAGGCAGAGCUGGCUCUUGUGUAAUAUUUCAGGUGUCUGUCAAUGAUUCUUGUAUAAAAUACUAAUUUAUACCAAAUGGGGAUGCCUUACUCCAGACAAACCUGUUCCCUGUUGGUCACUGUGUUUUCUGCGUCUGUAAAGAUUGGUCUUUGUAAAUGUCUUUAUUAUAAAGUUAUGAUAAUAAACCCUU